UUGGUUUAUGCGUUUGAACCCAGCAGGAGAGGUGCCUGUGUUAAUUCAUGGCGAUAACAUUAUCUGUGAAUCCACUCAGAUCAUUGACUACUUGGAGAACACCUUUGAAGGCGUUAUUCAUUUGUUGCAUCAAAUCAUACUGAUUUUGAACUAAUAUACAAUAUGUAGACCUAGCAGACUCCACAGCUGGAAUGUUUCGGUUUCUGAGAAAACAUCCCCAAAUUGAUGCCAGAAGAAGGAAGUCUGUAUUAUCCACGAGUACAGCAUUAUCGAGAGCUGCUAGACUCCCUCCCAAUAGAUGCCUAUACCCAUGGUUGUAUCCUUCACCCAGAGUUAACUUUGGACUCCAUGAUUCCUGCAUAUGCGACCACAAGAAUUCGCAGCCAAAUUGGAAACACUGAGUCUGAAUUAAAAAAACUUGCUGAAGAGCACCCAGACCUACGUGAAGCAUAUUUAGCAAAGCAGAAGCAAAUUAAGUCGAAGAUACGGGACCAUGAUAAUGUAACCUACUUGAAAAAAAUAUUCCGUGAGUUGGAAAAUGUACUUGAUCAAGUGGAGACUGAGCUACAGCGAAGGAUUGAGGAAACACCAGCAGAUGAAGGACUUCAGCCAUGGCUCUGUGGUGACUUCUUCAGUCUUGCAGAUGUAUCUCUCAGUGUGACGUUGCAUCGACUGAAGUUUCUUGGACUUGCCAGAAAAUAUUGGGGAAAUGGAAAACGGCCAAAUUUAGAUUCUUAUUAUGAUCGUGUGUUACAACAGAGGACUUUUCGAAAGGUUUUGGGGAAUGUGAACAACAUUUUAGUGUCAGCAGUACUGCCUACUGCUUUUCGGGUUGCUAAGAAACGUGCUCCCUCUUUUUUGGGGGCUAGUUUUAUUGUAAGUCUGCUGGGAGGAAUAGGGUAUUUAGCCUUCUUAUUCCUUAAAAAGAGACUUUCAUAGAUUUUGUUGGUAUGAACUUACUCAAACUCUUGGUAAACAAAAUUGUAGAAGACCUGUGAUAUCUAGCACUUUGUUGCGGUUAUCAAGUUAAAAUAGAACGGAAUAGAGACAUUGCAGUAACUUGUUUUCUGUAGUAACAAAAUUUACUGUCACUAUUUUAUUUUCAAACAGUAAGAUUGUAAUUUGUGGAAAGCUUAAAUGAACAUGUACACAACACAAUUUAUUUAUUAUAGAACUCCAAAUAGGUUCACUUGUAUAUGUAGCCAAUUUCAGGUAGUAAAUUGUAAACUGGCAAAACUCCACUAUUUAUGGGUUACUGCACAUUAACAAUUCUACAAUGCACUUAAAACACCUUGGAACUAAAUGUGUGAGUUACUUGGAUUCAAAAGUUAGUCAAAAAUCUGUUCUCCAACCUGCAUGUAUCCAAAUUCUAUUCAUGGCUUCUUUUCUGUCUAGCUUUUGAUAUUAUGUCCUUGAAUGUAUUUUGUGGACAUUAACCUUCUAUAAUCUUUUUCGAGGGUGUGUACACUGUAUUGCUUUUACAGUUUCUUUGUUCUUGUUUGUUUGUUAGUUAAUUUGAGAAUACAGUUUCUAUAUCAAAUAGUCAUUGAAUAAAGGUAUAAAGCAAACAAUUUA